AUGCGCAAGCCCCAAAGCGCGGACCAACCGAUACCAUCAACGUCUAGCUUCGACGUCAAGGCGCUGCGCGGUCGUCUCGUCCACGGGACGUGCGGAUGGGCGGCGAAGAGUCAAAUUUUAAGCUUUUACACCAAGGACGAAGCGUCGACGGGCGAGCGUCGUUUACCACGAUAUGCCGAGCGAUUCGGAUGCGUCGAAGUCGACAGCACGACGUACGCUAUUCCACAGAGAGAAAUCGUCCAAAGGUGGGUGGACGCGACGCCGGAAGGGUUUUCGUUCAUUGUGAAGGCUUUCGGAGCGUUUUGCGCAAGCAGCGUCGACGCCCGAAAUUUACCUCGAGACAUUCGAGAAAUGUGCGGGACGCCGAGUGGGAGGGUGCGGUACGCGUCAAUGUCGCCGCACGCGAAGGAUGCACUUUGGGAACGAUUUAACGUCGCGUUGGCACCGAUAAUAGACGCCGGGAAGCUCGGGUGUGUGGUGUUCCAAUUUCAUCUGAGCCAACCGCCGAGCGAAUCGUUGCGUGCGCACGUGCUCGAUUGUCAGGCUCGAUUGUCAGGCGCACGCGUGGCCGUGGAGUUUAGAAAUAGGGAUUGGAUCACGGGCUCGGUCGGGGACGAGACCGUGUGCUGGGCGAAGGAGAACGACUUGCUGUUAGUCGCCGCCGACGAGCUCGAGCACGAGACAUUUCAGAGGGAUCGAGAGCAAAGUGGUCUCCCUCCGGGAGCGAUACGACGCCGAAUGUUUACGAGAUUGGAGAAAACAGUCGAUUGGGGCUCGCUUAUUAGAGUUCACAGACGUUACGGCACCAAGGAGCGCAUUCUCGACGACGGCGAGAUUGGUUUCUGGGUGGAACAGCUCGCCGGAUUUGACGCACCUCAAAAUGGCCCGGUCUGGGUCGCCUGGGGUACCGAGUGGCUCGACGCCCCACUCACGAACGCAAACGCACUUGACAAAGCAGCGGGUGAAGCGUGGUCGUUCGACUGGUAUGGCACUCGUAGCUCGCGAGCGCGCCCAAAAUCAUCCGCCGCCGAAUCGUCAUCCAUCGCUCGGCUCUUCGCCGCGGCGCCGCCGCGCUCGAAGAACGAUGCCACGCGCGUGAUUGCAUCCACGGAGAAGCGCGUGAAGCCCAAGACACUCUCCGCGUGCUGGGCGCGCGCCGACGCCACGGUAGCAAAUCCGAGUCCUUAG